ACAACUUUUACUGGCAGUUACCUGUCUACCGUAAACAAAAAUGGAGGCGUCGUCCAGUACGGUUUGCAAAACCUGGGAAGUAUUUUUUGAACGCUAUAAACAGACGUGGAAAUGGUAUGAAAAUUGGGUGUCUGAAAAUCCGGAGGUAGUGUCACAGAUCGAGAAGAGUUUCAGGGUAUUUUCCUAUCUCCUUCCCGGUGCAGUGAAUGUCGACACAGUUGUAGCAGAGUUGGUGUUUUCAUUGUCCAACUUGUUAGUUUUAUUUCAUGACGGCAUACUACGCAAGGCAAGAGGUUUUACUGCAUCAACUCUAACAAUAUCGGCACAGCGAUUGAUGCGAUGGCUGACAGUGAUUGACCACACGGAGGUGUUUGUGGAAUUAGCCGCUGCCAAAUGCUGGGGUGAGGCCGGCCGGUGGUUCUUCAUUGCUCUGAUACAAAUACUCAGAUCUAUUUUUAGACUGAUCCUGCUUUUGAAGUGCAAAGCAGGUGUGAGAUCACAGCCUCCUCUCCAGCCGCUGAAUCGAGACACUGACGUCAAACCAUGCACGACUCAAGCACAGGGAGGCGAGGAAGAUCCACCAGAGACUGCAGAGAGACUGGUGUCAGACGCAGCAGUGAGGGACUCCGGUGCCACAUUCAGGGGUGAGAGGUCAGGUCGGGUCGUGAGGUCAUUGGAUGCAGCUCCCAAUAUUCAUCAAAGAACAUGGCGACUGCCACGGAGUGAGGAACAGGACGAAAAGGAAAGUACUCCCCCGGAAAAAGAGGAGCCAACAGAACUCAUGGGCUUCCCUCUGGCGGGAGAAUCUCUGCAGAUUGCAAGACCUUUGCUGCAUUUAACGGCUCUUUUGGUUUGGGGCCAGCAGUCUUGGAAACCUUGGUUGCUUUCUCUUGCAGCAGACAUUGGAAGUUUGCGGCUGCUGAACACUGGUAAACGCUACAACCAUUCCGAGAGGACUGAAUUAAGCAAUCGAUCCACAAUGCUUCUCAUAUAUCUACUCCGGUCUCCAUGUUAUGACCGGUACACUCGAUCAAGACUUCUUGCUGUUUUGUCAAGCAUCUCAAACACUGUACCCGGGGUACGACUGAUCAUGAACCCACUGAUGGAGUACCUGCCGAUUUGGCAAAGCAUUUACUUUUACAACUGGGGCCGGUAGAGGGUCUGCAUUUGACAGUUUUGUUAAGGAGAAUACACAAGAAAGUGUGGAUUCGUAAUUUAAGAAUUCACGAGUCGCGAAGUGCCGAGUGAAUUCGUAAAUUAAGAAUCCACACUUGCGAGU